AUGGCCGCCGCAGCACUCCGCACCGCCGCACGGCACCUCGCCGCGCCGGCAGCCUUACUAGCCGCGUCGCAGUCGCGCUGCAACGAGCACGACGAGCGACUGGCCAACUUGAAAGCGGAGGUGAUGCUGCUGCGCGGCGAGAACGCGCGGCUGCGGCGAGCGCUCGACGGCGACAGCCUCGACGUCGAGGCGCUGCGGCUGCGCAUCGCGGACUUCGCGCGGGAGCGCGACUGGGACCAGUUCCACACGCCGCGGAACAUUUUGUUGGCGCUUGUGGGUGAGGUAGGAGAGCUCGCCGAAUGCUUCCAGUGGAAAUCAGAAGUUGCGCGGGGCCUGCCCGCCUUCUCCGAGCCCGAGCGGACGCACGUGGGCGAAGAGCUCGCGGACGUCCUCAUCUACACCGUGCGCCUCGCCGACGUCUGCGGUAUAGCGCUCGACGAGUGCGUGCCGCGGAAGAUCGCCAUGAACGCGCGCAAAUAUCCCGCCGACAAGGCGCGCGGCCGCAGCGACAAGUACACGGCGUAUAG